AUGAGUGUAAUCAGUAAAUUGGCAACAGAUGUAGCAAAUAAAUAUUUACAAACAAUAAAUCCAAAUACAAAAGCUAGGCUUUCUGGUAUUUAUGUAUUUGGUUUGAAUAGUCAAGAAUUAGAAAGAAAGCAUGAAAGGAAAUAUCAGCCCCAUUUUCUUAAACCAUUUAAUAAGCUUGCAACAAGUAAUCUUCAUUCAGAUGACAAUCCUAUAUUACAAGAAAUUCAUUUUAAAGCUCAAAAUAAAAAUAUUCAAGUUAAUUUUGAAGAUAGAGAUUUAGAAAAAGAAAAUAAAAAAAUUGAAGCAUUUACCAAAGUAAUUGAUCAGAAAUCAAUUGCACAAGAUUCUUAUCGAAGCUUGACUUCACUUUUACCUGAAUUACCACAUGAAAAUAUUAAAGAAGAAGUUUUAAAAUAUGUAGGAAAAUCUGGAUAUCAUCAAAUAACAGAUAUUUUACUUUAUAAAAUUCCAGGUUUAAUAGAUCAACAUGUUCUUGAUUCUAAUAAUUCAACUAUUAAUUUACGCAUAUCUAAAACAUGUGAUGAUUAUAUGGAUGAUACUUCAAAUCUUCAAAAAGCUGAUCGCCAUUUUACUGAAAAUUAUGAAAUAUUACAAAAAUUAGCUUUUCUUAAUAAUCAUAAACCUCCUCCAGGUCAUACUAAACCUUCACUUCUUCCAAUGAUUUCUUUAGACAAUUAUAUUCCAGAUGAACUUCAUAUAAUAACAAAAAUUAUUACUGAAAUGUGUCGAAUUUCAGUUCCAUUUUAUUUUUGGCAAGAUCAAGGAACACGAAAUUGGGCAAUUACAUCAUUAAUAGGAGAUGAUAAAGAAAUUGAAACUAAUUCAACUCAACUUUAUAAUCAAGCAAAACAAUGGUUAGAUUUAUUUCUUACACCAUCACAAGGUGAACCUAAUACUAUAACUUUUAAAAUGGGACUUUAUCAAAGGAUAUUCCAUACAUUCAUAUUUUAA